GGAAAUGACGUCAGGGCGCGUUGUGUUUCCGGAAGACGUGGCUGUCAUGGCGUCUGUGACAGGGGGCUGACACUUUAGCACAAACUUGUACUUUUAUUUCCUUUUAGAAGUGUUGGAUCAGAGCGGACGCCAGGAUGAUUUCGCUGACGGAUUCUCAGAAGAUUGGCAUGGGGCUGACGGGCUUCGGUGUGUUCUUCCUUUUCUUCGGGAUGAUCCUGUUCUUUGACAAAGCCCUUUUGGCCAUCGGCAAUGUUUUGUUCGUGGUGGGUCUGGCCUUUGUCAUCGGUCUGGAGAGGACCUUCCGCUUCUUCUUCCAGAGACACAAGCUGAAGGCCAGUAGCUUGUUCCUGGGUGGGGUGCUUAUCGUGCUCAUCGGGUGGCCCAUCAUCGGGGUGCUCUUGGAGCUCUAUGGCUUCUUCCUCCUCUUCAGGGGCUUCUUUCCGGUGGUGGUGGGCUUCAUCAGGAGGAUCCCUGUGCUGGGGGCCCUACUCAACCUGCCCUUCAUCAGCUCGAGCACAGGGGCGUGACCACAGCCGCUGCCUCCUUCACCUGUACGUGGAUGGGAUGGCGGAGAGCAGUUCGAUGGUGUAGCAGUGUGCGCAGCAGCGUUCAGGAGCCAGGAGGUUUGUGGACCUGUCUCUCCCCCCACUACUGUUCACACUACGGCGCCCCUGUGUGAGCGACACUGGCCACUGCAGCCACUCUGUCAGACUCUUAAGCUUCUACCAACUGAUUUUAUUUAAUGUUUUUUUUUUUUUUUUGAAUAAGGAUAUUGAACUGGUUUAUGUGCCGCUGUUGUAGAAGUGGUACCAAGUGUCAUGUUUUUGCCCUGUGCCAAUGUUCACCUGUGGAGACAUAAGGGCUGGGCGAGUAUUAUCUAAAUUUGUUUUAUUAGUAUCCCUAAUAUUUUGUAAAUCCAUUGAAAAUGUGUUAAGACAUGCCUGUAAAUGUAAAAAAGGCAAAGGGACUGUGAAAUGAACCUCAAAAGUGCAGAAAUGUUUAUCUAGGUCCUUAUUUGAAACCCUGAUAGUUUAGUUUGACUUUUUAGUUUUAUUCUUUUAGCAGCCUUACUACAUCUAUUCUCAUUUUGUGUCUCUUCAAAACUAUAUUAUUUAUUUCCCGACAUAUCUCCCACUCUUCCCCUGUUGGUCAGCCUGUGUCAUACUCUUAGUUAGGUCCCUUUAGUUGCUUUUAAAGGAGACAUAUUGUGCUAAAUCUACUCUUCAUUAUGUUUCAAUCAUUGUAUUUGGAAAGAUUCAUGCAUGUUUGAGUUAUCUUUAUUUUUUUUAAGACGUCCUUGCUCCGAUCUACCCCCCUUUUCACCUCCACUGGUACACGCCCACUAAUCAAGCUUGCUCUGGGCUGAUAUGUGUGUCACUCUGAGCUCUCACAGCUCUGCUCUGUCCGGCUUGAAAACAGCUCCUGAAAGGCAGAAGGUCACGACAGACAUUUGCGGAACAAUUGAAGACAGAAAAAAAAAAAGGCGCCGCUUGCUCGUGUGACGUGCAGGAGUGAUGUGAUGAGGAGUUUGCAGGGCCGUGCUGUACAGGCGCUGGUGGGUUAGGCUCCAAAAAACCUCACUGGGCUCCGCAAUUUUCCAGCCCAGAAGUCAACCCACCUGUCGUUUUUGAUGAAUAGUGUGAUUUAAAGGUGCAAUGUAUAACUUUUCUGGUGGAAGAUUCGUUACCUGCUUGUUUCUAUAGAUACUUCAUUGCUCUGUCUGAAAUGUUAAUCUAAACUGUUUGGUUGAGAUGAGGGGGUUUGCAAGAUCCUCAGGGAAUUCUACAGAAAUUCACUUUAAUCAUAACAAGCUCGCGCUAUUGUUGGUGCAAAAUGUAAUAUUUGUCAGACUUUAGACUGGUCCUUCUGCUGAUGUUGGAAAAUGGCGACGACUACAUGCACUCCAGUCUCAGGAAAGAUGCAUGAUGAAGGUGCAAUAAUGUUACUUUUUAGGUUGUCUCCCUGGAGAUAUUAAUGCAUUCACCUUACCUGUUACCUUACUUAUCUAGUAUAUAUUUAUAUUUAGGUAUUUUUAUUGCUAAAAAAAAUGCUUUGAAAAACAUGAACAGGCUCUUCUCUUCACAGACCAGACCUGUAAAUUUAAGUUUAAUGCCAUUCAUAUGACCAUAGAAAAGUUACAGUGUGUCUUUAAAGUUGUAUAGAUCCCACUGUUAUAAAAGUUACUUGUAAUAUUUCAUUUACUGAUUCUGUCCCGCCUCGAGAACCUGAAUGAGAACAGCUCAUGUUUAAAUAUGAAGUGUGUGUGUUUAUGUGCCAUGUUUUCAGUUUUCUUUGUUUUUUAAAGAUGCCUUGAGCAGCGCCCUCGUGUGUGCACUGGGCUGGGACGUACCCACAGUGGAAGAUAUGAGAGUCAAAAGUACCUGGUCAUGUGUUAUUUCCAAAGAUGAGAGUGUACAGAUGAAGCUGAAAUGUUCAAACCAUAGACUGUAUAAAUGGACAUAGCUAACCCACUGGCCGCCACAUUCCUAACACAAAGUGAGCAUGGAUGCACUUUUGGCUCCAUCGACUCUCGUAUCACUAAUGGAAAAACCUUCGUCCCUCUCUCUCGUAACUGCUGCUGUCAGCCUCGUCAUUUUGGUCUUAAAAUGUUUGUAUUAACUUGCUUUUCCUGAUUCUGGGGUUUUUAUUUCACAAUUUUGUCCCUAAAUCGAGAUUAAGAUAUUAAUAACAGACCAAUGAGGUGGUUUCUUUUACCAAGGUCAUUCUACUAGCGUUAGCAAUAGGUUUGAUUGACAGCCUCGAUGAGCUUCAUUUGACUGGACCGAUAUGGGUGUCAUCAUUUUCCCUUAGUCCACUUUAUACAGUCUACGGUUCGGGUUCCCACAGUCAUGGAAAUCCUGGAAAAGUCAUGGAAAUUGAAAAUGUCAUUUUCUUGGCCUGGAAAAGUCAUGGAAUGUUGUAAAGUCAAUGAAAGUUUUGGAAAAGUCAUGGAAUUUUAGUGUCUCUUUCACACAACUAUUGUUCUGUUAAGUUCCCAUGAGCCUUUUGUUUAAAAGAGAUGAGAAUAAAUGCACUGACAGGAUUUAGAAUGUUCAAAAACUAUAAUCCCAAACCAUAAUGUUAACAAGGAAAGAGUUUACAUUUCAUAUUUAGCCCUAAAAGUCUGAUCAAUUCUACACAUGUGGGUGCCAUAAAGUUAUGGAAAAUUCACUGUAGGUCAUGUAAAAGUCAUGUCAAAAAUUUGAAAUUUAGUGAAAAAGAGUGGGAACCCUGACGGUUAAAUAGUUUAUGUCAACAUAAAGAACUGUAUGUAACCUGGACUCAGAGUCUGACUUUUUUAAAUAUCAUCACAUGUGAGCCUGUGUCUCCAGAGCCUUCACCUGCAGACAGAGACACAUCCAAGUUUGUCUCAGUCCAGUCCUGUCCAUAAGACGAAGCCUCAUGUGAAACUCAGAACCUCCAGAACUCCCUCCCUGAGCUGCAGAGGCUGCACUAGCACUGACUCAUGACUGGUGCAGGUGCUGGGGUUUAGGGAGUGACUUUUUCUAGUUGGAUACUUUGCUUUGAGAACAAAAAAUACCCUAUUAUAACAUUAACUACCAUGUCCACUGUUUUUCUAAUUAAAUGUAAUGCCUAUUUAUUCUUUUCAUAAAAGUUAUAUUGAAUUUGCACGUGUUUACCUCAAAUCUGGGGACACAGAUCUUCUUAAAUCAUGGAAUUUAAAAUCCAAAAAUCGUACACAGAGUUCUUUUUAAGCUUUUGUCACUUGUAGACCUAUCACAGUGGGAAGAGUAACCAAAAUGUUUAUACAAGUAAGAGUACUGUUACUUCAAGUGUAUUCGGAGUACAAGUAUUCUGUCAGAAGCCCUCUGUUAUGUACAGGCUGUUGAAAAUGUAUCUGUGAGUGGAGUGCAGCCUCUGUGCUGUGCUCUACAGGACAACGUGCAGAAGGUGGAAUAAAGAUGGUCUGGUGCCUUA